AAGCGCGUAGUGGUUUGUCCGCACACGGAGCUCUCCCUGGCCGAGCUCGCGUCUUGUAGUGCCAGGCUCCUGGUCGGGGAGAGUGACGCCGUGUGGACACGCCCUUAGUUUUGGUUCCAAAUGUUCCUCUUGUGCUGUGGGAAGAGGUAAAGGAAGCGACUUCCGAAUCAUGUCUCGUGAAACAGCCCCAUGUCUUCAGUGCCGGCACUGGGAUUUCUUGAUUCCCGGCAGAGUCCCCUGUCAGGCAGCUCUGUUCGUCUAGAUUGUAUCAGGUGUGAAUGACAGAGGAGGUGCCCCCAACUGCAGUUAGUGACAUAAACCUGCGUCUUCUCUGCCACGAUGACAUAGAUGUAGUGAAACAGCUCUGCGGUGACUGGUUCCCAAUAGAGUACCCUGACUCAUGGUAUCAGGACAUCACUUCCAACAAGAAGUUCUUUUCCCUUGGAGCCACCUACAGAGGCACCAUUGUGGGAAUGAUAGUAGCUGAGAUAAAGAGCAGAACAAAAGUGCAUAAAGAGGAUGGAGAUAUUCUAGCUUCCAAUUUUCCAGUCGAUACUCAAGUUGCUUACAUUUUAAGUCUAGGAGUGGUGAAAGAAUUUAGAAAACAUGGAAUAGGUUCCCUCUUACUUGAAAGCUUGAAGGAUCAUAUAUCGACAACUGCUCAAGACCACUGUAAAGCCAUCUACUUGCAUGUCCUCACCACCAACAACACGGCAAUUAACUUCUAUGAAAAUAGAGACUUUAGACAGCACCACUACCUGCCCUAUUAUUAUUCUAUCAGAGGGGUCCUCAAAGAUGGCUUCACCUACGUUCUAUACAUCAAUGGUGGACAUCCUCCUUGGACAAUCUUUGACUACCUACAGCAUAUUGGCUCAACGCUCGCCAGCCUGAGCCCAUGUUCCAUUCCUCACCGGAUAUACCGCCAAGCCCAGAGUCUCCUCCGCAGCCUGCUGCCAUGGUCUGGCAUUUCCGCAAAGAGCGGCAUUGAAUACAGCCGGACAACGUGACCUAGUCAGAGGGUGUCGGCAAAGCGAGAGGAUAAUUCUUCCCUUUAUCUCCUGAAUCAUCUGGCUCUGCACUGAUUCCAGUGAUGCGGGCUUCCUAUCAACAACCCAGCCUCUUAAAAUUGACCACUCAGCUGUGGAUUGACUGAGAUUUGGCAGACCAUAUGCUUGACUUGCUGCAGCCCCGAUUUGCCAUCUUCUUGGCCCAGAGUCCCAAGGAAUCCUGUGUGGAUUGACAGUCAUUGCUGUCUUAUAAGGGGUGUCACUGUGCUGUAGGCAAGUGGCCCUUCCCAUUACAUCUCUGUGUUUUACACCUCCCCUCCCUCUCUCCUUGCUUUUGGCCAGUACUCACAUAGAUGCACAUAGUUGUACAUGAGAUGGACAAGGAUGUAGUCAUCUGCUUUGCCAUAGCAUAGCUAAUGACAGGAAUGCACGAUAAGGCAAUCAACAUGCACUGACCAACCAUGUUAGAGCCCACAAUACAUCAGAGGGCCAGGGCUGGAGUGGGCCCGCCAUGUCCUCUCAGUCCAAGGGCAGAUGGAAAUGGGGCACAUUUCUCUUGGGCUCCCAUGCUCCUGCUGAGUCUGUGUUGCUGCUGGUAACACUCCUGCCCACUCACAGGAAGGAAACUGCUGCUGAGAUGCCCAGAGAUAGUCAUCACCCCAUGACUUAAAAAGAAGCAUCUGAUUCACGAUGCUCUAAAGUAGAAGACAGGGAUUGAAAUUGCUGUUUCAUAGUGAAAUAUAUGUAUAUAAUAUACUGUGUAGAUCCUUCUGCCUUGAGUCUGAGCUAGAGCUCACCAGGAUAGGAGUGGGGGAGAUGUACAGAGUUAUUCCUGUAGUUGGAGCCCCAGAGGGAAGCGUGAGCCACCUCCAUUCCCUUACACUGUCACUAUUGGAACCUGAGUUAACCUCCCUCAGGCUGUUUAGGAAUGAGACUUGUUCACAGAUCGCUGCUUUUGAAGAAAAUUAGCUGCUGCCCCACUUGUGUUUCUAGAGACUGCAGGCCAUGAGAGGUGUGGAGGGGGUGCGCUGAUGGGCAGCCUUGCUCGGUCCGUGCCAGGAGGUUGGUAUUGAAGUCCCUGUGGAAGCUGCAUCGUUACUAUCAAUAGUGAAAUGCUUGCUUUGUUUGCACAAGACUUGUGCAGGACACUUGUCUCCCUAUGUGGAGCUUGCCAGACAUUGACCUCCCCACAUACUGAAUUAGUGUGCAAAAAGACCCCAUAGCCACAGGAGGGGCACCCGAGUGCUAGCAGGACAUUGCAAUAGCGCUGUCCCAUCGGCUCUGCUAGUGGGAUCAGCUAGGACUGAGCAAAUAGGAGCAAAGCAUACACUGUGGGUAAAUGCCUGGCCUCCUUCCAGCAAUUGUCAACAAGCUCCUUCUUCCCCUGGCGGAGGCUGUGCCCCCUUGGCUCUGCACCCCCAUCCUCACUGUUCAUGUGCCCACUUUGAAACUGGGAGUUGGCAGAGGACGUCUUGAACUAAAGCUGGGGUGUUGUCUCCUGCUGCUGGCAGUGCAGGUGGCAGUUAACUAGGAGGUUACUACGGAGACAGGGACUGAUGGGGUCUUACAGCACAAAGUUGGCCUCUUAAAGUAACUUAAAUCUGCUGGAAGAAUUAGUUCUCCAGAUGUCACCUAAAGACAAGUCAAUGCCUAACUGUAGAGGAUAACUAUCCCCUUGCUAUUACCAUGCCAGCUGCUAUCUAAGUGGGGUGGGAAUAGUGUCUUAUCUUGUCAGAGGCCUCUGCCUGGCACUGCUAGCAUCCUAGGUAAAGGACAGUCUUGGCAACCCCCUCUUCAGGAAGCCCCGAGAAGCCUGUUUUUAAUACAGAAUGUGUGCUGCCGAUGCAGCUUGCACUCUGUAACCCUGUCCCAUGUGGGGUGGAGCCAAGCCCAGGAAGCUAAUGACUCAAGGGAGAGAGCCUGGGGGGUGGGGGGGAACUAGAGGAUGGGUUGGUGGUGGCGCUGUGCAGCCAUCGCUGUGUGUCUAAUUCAGUGCAGUGAGGCAGGUAGAGCCCCUGCCAGAGAAAGGGCAGUGACCAGUUUUGUGGGGAAAAUUCCAGUGAGGAGGGGAGAUCUAGACAGUGCCAUGCAGUGAUCUUCACCCAUUCAGACUGAGAAUCAGUCACCCUCCCCCACCAGCUCUGCUUUGUUUUUGUGCAUGUCAAGUCUUUUGGCUGGGGGGGCCCUUCUCUUGCAAAGAAGUUGCCUUCCCAGGAGGAAUGGAAUCUCUGCAAAUGUAUGUGCACUCCCUGCUCUGCAGCCAGAGCCAGCCCACCCAGCAGGCUGGGCAAAAUGACAGUCCUCUCUUCCUGACACUGAAAUGUCUUAGAUCCAGCUGGUAGCUGGUCCAGAGGUGACCAUUAAGCUGCUUAGAAGUGGGUUUUAGAAAGGGCUACUCUGAGCCAAGCCUGUUUCCUUGGGUUGGGCCGACACCACCUCAGAGCAGAACUUCUCAGCCUUGUUCUCCCAUCACCUUGUUUUUUCUCUUGUUUCCCUGGCCCACCUGCCUGGUAUGGAUACCAGUGUGCUCUGUAUUUUUUGAGGGGGGGAGGAGAGAAAGAACUGUUUCCUAAUCAUCCAGUGGAAACUUUUAGCAAAUUUUAUCAGUGUAAAGCAGUUCUAACCCAGUAUUCAUUAUGCACUCAGGUGCUGGGCCACAUGGGAUGUUAAGGGCUGCAGCCCUUGUGGGGCACAUCCCUAUGCUAAUGGGAAGGGCAGCCUCCCUCUGAUCUGCCCAGCCCAGGUCUCCAGACUCUGGCUGAUUUACAGCAGCCUGAGGUUUCCUCUCCCUUCAGUGCCCAUCUGCAUUCUAGCCAAGAAAUGCCAUCCUGCUUCCCCUGUUGGACCUGUGCUGUUGGUGGUAUGGGAGCUAAGAGGGUGAGGAGACUUGAGACCUCUGAAAUAGACUGGAUCUGCCCCUCACUGGCAACCUGCGGUCUGGGUAGUUAGGAGUGGGUGCCAUGCAGCUUCCUCCUGAUUGCCGAGACUUGUACUGCUCCUGGUUGGGCCUGAGUGGAAUCUUUCUAGCUGCUGUGGGCAGGAUGUGGAGGAAAUGUGGACAACCUAGGACUGAUAGGCUUUUCCUGGGGAGGGAAAGUUACCCUGUGGAACCUCCUUGUUCACUCCCUUUCCCUAUCCCAAUGCAUGUGUCCUAGUAUUGCAUUUGUACUUUGUGUGCACUAAUGAAGCGGAGGGCCACAUGGCUGAGUUAGCCUGCUCUUCUACACACAGGAACCACAAGGGGGAGUGAUCAGUCUGUUUGGGAUGCAGCUACUGCAUUAGCAUGUGCCACAGAGGAACAGGUUCUCUAGCUGCCAGUAAGGUCACCAACAAUCCUUCAGUUGUGGGGCUGCCACAGAGGCACUCAGAGAGACUGGGUUGAACUCCUAUUAUAGACCCUUCGUGGAGAGGCCUUGCCAUUCAGUGGUGUGACAGAUGGCUUUAUUCUCAACGUGUUUUUAGAUGGGGACUGUUGGUUCUUCCCACCGUAAAUGAGUUGGGUCCCCAGUGGAAAAACCCCUGAGCUCUCCCUUCUGUGCCAGUGAGAUCUUCUCAGGCAGCGCAGCUGUUGACAAUUUGCUUUUGGCCCAGGCUUGAAACUGUUCCUGGUAAUGCUGUAUAGAGGCUCCCAGACUUAGCCAGAUGCUCCGUUUGAGCUCCCAAUCAUGUAUCCUACACUGUAGUGUUUAGGACAGUGAAUAUACCAAUGUAAAUGACCCUUGAUCUAGUGGCUCCUGGCAGAUUCCAUUUCCUCACCUCCAGAGGGAGAGGCUGUGGUUUCUCAAAGCAGCUUAACCUAAUUUGCAGUAACUGGUUUUGUAUUUUUUCCCUUACGUAGCACAUUUUUUAAAAAGUGUAUACACUUGUGCUUGAGGAGUUAGUUGCUAAACAUGCUUCAGUGCGCAUUGGGUUUGUUUUCCUUGCACUUUACUCUCUCUCUCUCUCUCUCUCUGAAAUGGCUGUACAAUACAGAAUCUUUUUUCCUGUGGGCCUAGGUUUGAACUCUUCCAACUGUUUUUGUACCUGUGGCUGUUGUCCAUUCUAACUCCCAAUGCCCCAGCAAUGGAGUAUGUCCAGAAGAGCCAAGCUACUUGUCCUACCUGCAAUGCCCCUUUAUGAACUGUCCUCAUUGCAAAGGCUUGUCAGCCACACAUCACCCUGUCACAACCCUCCUGCCCCCUGUAUUUAUUGAAGAGCAUAUUGCUGCCCCGGUCAGCCUCUCUCUCUAAAUGUCUUUAAUUAAAAUGAUUUUUUCUUUUGUGA